GCAUUUUUACUUCGCGACGGUUUUUUUGGGUUUGGUUCUAGUUUUUAAACUAAAAAUGUGACACAGUGGAAAUAUUAGAUGGUUUAAAGAGUCUCUUAUAUCGAAAACUUAAGAUCUCAAUUUAGGUUACAACUAAAAGGUGCUUCUCAUGGAGCCGUUGCGUGGUAUUCAAAUCUAAUGAAAAAAAUUAUUUUUUUUUUAAAUAAUGAGUAUUCCAAACCCGAUCUACGUAACUAACCGGAACGCUCCGAGCGUCAAAACGGAUGAUCAGUUAAAGCUUCAACCCAUUAUUGGGACAAAUCUAAUCGGGUCUAGUUUACCGCACCUCACUCUGGAAUCCGUGGUAGAGACGGGAAGAUUUGUGCAACUUAUCCAAGCUUCCAGAGUACCAGAUCCUACAGGUUCCGGGAAAAUUCAAACGCUUGAAAACAUUCAACUGAGACAGCCUGAUGUUCCACAAGUAGAUGGAAAACUUCAAUUAAAAUCUUCGAAUGAAGUGAAGGUUGAGCCCAUUUUAACUUGCGAUAAACCAAACUCAGAAGGUGUCAUCAACAAAAAAUCUGUUCUUGAAAAAGAAAAAAAUUCGGAAGAGAAACCUAAACCUGUUAGAAAGAAAAAGAGAUCCAAAAAACCUCAAGACGAAAUUUAUGAAUGUGACUUUUGCGACAGUCGCUUUAGAUCAGUCAACUCUUUGAGGAUCCAUAAAAUUGGUCAUUUUACCGAACCGACAGAUGUUCAGUCCAAGAAGACAUUUGUAUGCUCAAUCUGUGAAAGGCAAUUCUCCCACCAACAAACUCUGGCAGAUCACGAGCGGGUUCACCAAAACGAUAAUCGUUACGAUUGCCAGUCGUGUGGCGCUAAGUACACGUCUAAAAGUGGAUUACGAAACCAUCUGAACAAAAACCUAAGCUGUGAUGAGGCUUUCCAGGAAGCAAAGCUUAGACAGAAGAAGCACGAGGAAGAGCUCAAGGAACAUGGCUGUGAGAUCUGUGGUAAAAAGUAUCGACAUCGGAAAUCACUUCUGGAGCAUAGAAGUUUGCAUUUUAGGAAUAGGCAGUACAAAUGCGAAAGGUGUGGUGCGAUGUUUGAGACGUCGGGUGGCUGGAAGAAACACGUGGCCAAUGGAAGGUGCGAGCUGAGUAAAAGUAAACUAAGAGAUGAUCGGGGUAAGGUUAAUGAGAAAGAUGUUUUUAUUCCGGAAGCAAGAAUUCAAUUUCUGGAACGGAUUAAAGAGUUAGAGGGGAAGAAAAGAGUCGGUCGGAAAAGUAGCUGCGAUGAAGAAAUAAAUGACGACGAAAGUGAUGAUGCAGAAGAUAAGACUGAAACCUCUCAUGAUGAUGAAAUUCCUAAUGAAACACUCAAUAGGAUGGAACCUGACGAUCACAAUUUCGAAGAUCCACAUUUGCAAGAUAAAACGUCCUCCGUUAUAGUCACAUCUCCAAAAAAGAACGAAGUAAGUGCGGAUUCAAUUGUAGAAAGCGGUAAUACCCAAGCACCAACGAAUGAACACGAAUGUCCGAUUUGUCACAAAUCAUUCAGCCGCAAGUUUGUACUAAAUAAUCACAUGCGGCAGCACACAGGAGAGCGUCCAUUUCUAUGCGACAGUUGCCCAAAAACAUUCACCGAUCGCUCAUCGUUAAAAAUGCACGCUGUCGUUCACACUGGCAGUAAACAAUUCGAAUGUCCGGAAUGUCUAUCGAAGUUUGCACGCAGAAACGGUCUUCGCAAUCACAUGACAGUCCACUACAACCUUCCGUGCGAUCAAUGUGACCAAAUGUUUCCUUCUCGCAAAACCCUCGCCCGUCACCUGAUCAAGCAUCAAGGUGUGAGACCGUUUAUCUGCGAAAUUUGUUCCAAAGACUUUUGCACUAAGGCAGAUCUACAAGCCCAUCAGCGAAUUCAUGCCAAUGAAAAACGCUACAUCUGCGCUAUCUGCUCAGCUCGUUUUAAUUGUCCUUCAACGCUGCGGCGGCAUCGAAACGUCCAUGCCCCACCCGAAACGCGUCCUGUUUGCGAAACCUGCGGAAAGUCAUUCUCCUCAAAGCAAGCGCUUCAAAAGCACGAGAACAUUCACCUUGGAGUGAAGCCUUUUCAAUGUGAAGUUUGUAGGAAGAGCUUCCGAGUAAAGGAGCAUCUUCAAGUCCACCUGUGGUCCCACUUGGGCGAAAAACCAUUUAAAUGUGAUCAGUGUCCGAAAGGCUUUGGUACCCGGGGAGAUCUGCGGGUGCACCAGCGAAGGCACAACGGUGAGAAACCUUACGUGUGUGGAGAGUGUGGCGAGGGCUUCGUGGUACCGGCUGGUUUGCAUCGGCAUCUGCAACGAACUGGACAUAGCAAUCGCAAACCGGAGGCUAUCGUUGUAGCAGACUAUACGAGGGCUACUUGAGCAAAUUUACUGUCCUUUAGUUAAUUUAAUCGAAAUAGGAUUUAAACAAAUUUGAAGGGUGUAUUCGUCAUCUGAAACACUCCGAAAUCAUUUUUCUCGAUUUUCCUACAAAGAACCCAAAACCCUUGAAGUUUCGAGAACUCCUUCCGUGGAUCCGGUGCUUUUUGUGUUAUUGUCCAGAGAACUCGAAAAGGAAAAAGUCAUUGCGGCAAGUGCUAUUCCGGGCAUGAAAUUCUAAAACAUGCUCAGGGGCCCUGGAAAAUUAAGUUUACUGAUCGGCCCACAGAGCUUCGUGUUGUAUUCCCGUCAGCCUUCAGAUAUUAUUCCGGACAAGCCGGACCUGACAAGCUUGGCGAACAAAGGACUUGCCUCAACAAUUUUUAAAGAACACGGUGAUAUAUUUCAAAAAUAAAUAUUAGGUAACUCCCUAUUUAUUUCAAAUAAAUACCAAUU